GUGCAUUCCUCACCCUGACGCCGUUCAAUUUAUAUCUCUGUGCUCACUACGCAUCAGUUAGGAGGGGGAAAUGUUUCAGAAGAUCUUCCUAAUGCUCAAACUGGACAAUAGCAGACAGUUCAUAAGGAUGACAGACAGCAGCAGAAGAAAUCUUGAGAUUGGCCUGACACAGAAAGGAUGCUGCUCCACAGUGUGACCUUAGCUGUUUAUCUUCUCCUGACCUCAUCAAGUGCCCAGACAACUGUCCAGUCCUGUGUGUUUUCAGAGCUCCAGCCAUCUGGGUUGAGAGUCAACUGCAGCUCUUUAAAUCUCAUGGAGUUGCCUCAUCUGCCUUCAGAGACCACAGAACUGUUUGUGCAAGACAACCAGCUUACCUCAGUGCCACCAGGAAAGUUUGACCAGUUGACUAACCUUAGAAAGGUGUCCCUGUCUCUGAACCCGUUCCGCUGUGACUGUAGCAUCCAGUACCUGAGGUACUGGAUGCUGAAGAACAGGGCUGUUGUCUCAGAGGAGCCUUUAUGUUCCAGUCCAGUCUCUGUAGCUCAGAAAGCCAUCACUGACCUAAGUGAUACCUACUUCUCCUACUGCACCUUUCCACGUUUACAUCAAAUAAGCACCUCAGGCUGUGUUUAUGUCUCUUACAACACCAUUGCAUCGGUGAUGCUGUGCUGCAUUAUUAUUCUGCUUUUGUGGAGCUUAAUACUUGCCAGAAAAUCUACUUUCACCAUAUACGUGGAAGAGCGACAUUCAGGAUUUCAGGCGGACUCUCUGCGCUCACUGAAACCCAAACACAGGAGGAGGCUGCACACAGAACUGUCAGGGCUCAGCGCCGACUCUGGUUCUGUCAUUUUGUCAGAGGACUUGGAGAGGCCUCUUAUCAACACGGAGUUACUUUCACAAGUGCUAGAAACAUUACAGAAGAAGCACAAUAUAAAGAUAAAGGCCACUUAACAGACUUUUAUUCAUACUUUAGCAGAACUACAAAUAAGUAAGAAGUGAGGCUGUGAGUGUUUGCAAAGACUCUAGAUGGGUUUUUAUGAUUUGUUUCCAUUCUAAACGGCACCAGCCUAUUUAUCAGAAACUUCACCUCUGUGAGUUUUAUUUAAUUUGUUUUUAUAUUUUACGAACUAAUUUUGCUUAAAUAAAUGUGAAAAUUUGCUUUUGAAUUUUUCUUCAGUUUCUUACAAUCAAUUCCAAUUUGCCUUCUGCUAUCAAUACUGAACUAUUUACCUUCCAUAAACAUCCUAAUGUAGGGAUACUUACUAUUAUUUUUCACAAUUUAUUAUGAUCACCUGUUUUCUUUUUCUCUAAUAGCUCUUAAGGUUUUCAUUGAACAAUGACUUUUUUCUUACUACUCUUCCACAAAAGCCUGAUUUGUGUAGAACAUGAUUAUUAACUGCCUUGUUCUCAGAGUCUCCUCCAACUUUACCUAAAACCUUCUUACUUCUUUAAAUAACAUUCUCUGUUGUGUCUAUCAAUCUAAGUGGGAAACCAUAUCUGGGUAGGUCCCAAAUAACACCUAUUUCCAGAUAGAUUCAAUAAUGCUUCAAUCAAUUCAAAGCUUGGUGUAAUGUCUGUAAUGUUCCUUCAGCUCCAUGAUGCUGUUUGUUCACUGAUGUUCUCUAACUCUGAGACCUUCACUAAGCAAAUGCAAUUAUACUGAGGUUAAAUUGCACACAAAUGGAGACACUUUACUGUUUUUGGUAACUUCUGAAUCUCCUAAAUAAAGUAGAUUUUAUUUAGGAGUUUAACAGUAAAAAGGUUAAAUACUUUGUUACAUUUAUUAGAGUUUUAUUUAUUUAAAAAAUAAUCUGUUUUUUCCCUUUCUACAUCAAAAAUUUGAGUUUUGUAAGACAAAAGGGAAGGUCAGUGAAGCCUACUAGCCUGUGCCUGGACAUAGCUUGUUUUCUUCAUUGGAUGGACUGAUUUGGCUUAGCUCAUAAGCUAUGUUGACUGGUAAACAUUAACGUAAAUCAAUGGAGCACCAAGUGAGGGAAUCCUAAUCAAGUUCGACAGUACAGACAAUUCAUCAAAGGAAACACCAACCAUUGUUUGUUGUUUUUUGCAACUGUUUCAUUUCUGUGUGUGCAUGGGCUUAAGCUGGAUUUAAACCAAAGUCAGUCAAAUAAUUAUGUUGGUUUCUCACGCUACUGCCUUGAAGGUCACAGCUUGCAAAAUCUGUUCCUCCUAGUGGUCAGUAUUUAUUACAUAACACAGAAUGAGCUGAAACUAAAGAUUUUAGAAUGACUAAAAAAAAAACAAAAAAAAACAUUUAAGUACAGACAUUAACAUGUCAAAGAAUUGUAAUUCUUAAAGGGGGCUGGGUAUUAUGUAAAAACAACUUUUUUAGCUUUACAUCAUGUUAUGAUGUUGUUCCCUCAUCAAAAACAUACCAGGUGUGACGCUUUGACUCUUUCAUGCAUGUUUUAGAUAUUCUCUGCCAUGUUUAAAAGAAUGGCCGCCUCUUAAAGAGACAGAGGCCCAAUUUCAAGACAUCAAAUUGUGAAGUACAUUUUUUUUAAGUUAUGUUUGGUAUAUACAGCAUUUUUAUAACAACUGAAGUUGGAAUAGUUACUUGAUUGUGCUAUAAAAUUGCUCUAAACAAUUGCCUAAAUUUUGUAUAUCGAUUGAACAGACACUGUUUCCCUUCUAUUGUAUCCACAAGUCAAAUACAGUUAACCUAAUUUUAAUGCUGUAAUACAUAGCUGAAAUUUAAAAAAAAUGUCACGUCACUUUUGACAAAAGAAAUUGUCAAAUCCAUCUAUACUUGCUUAUUAUGGCAGAGUUGGGCAGGGUAGUGGGGAGCUGGUGCCUAUCAAUGGGCAAGAGAUGGUAAACACUCUUGCUAGGGUCAUGGUCACUCACAGACACUGAGUGUGCAUGCAUGGUUGUUUGAACUCUGACUCAAGGACAAUUUACAGAAACUAACAGUAAUGUACCUGGAGAGAACCCAUGCAUGGGGAAAACAGGCAAACUCCUUGCAGAAUACCCCGACCUCGGACUCCAUCAUGGGUCCUUCUUGCUGCAAGACAUGCUAACUAUUUCGCCACUAUUCAGCCCAUGUUAUCCAAUCUAAUACAUAAUCAAAAGAACAUGUUUAUUUGCUCUUUUUAAGAAUUUGCUAAUAAUGUGUCAGAGGAAAAAUACACACUAAGUUCACCUUGCAAUUAUUCUUUAUAUUCUUUUCCAAGGUAAGGUAAUUACAGCAAAAAUGAGUUGGUAAAGGCUUUACGUGCGACUUAAUUGAUGUGCUGUUAGCUUUUGUCUCUGGAAUAAAAA